CCGAAGCCGCGAUAACCAAAACCGUCUCCAGUAUCGCGCUUUAAAGUGGUUCCUCACAUUUCUUCAAAAUGAAUGUGACUGUUCGUUUCUUAAGACCUUUUGCCAGAUAUCUGGUGCCAUAUACCUUCCAUAGGACAAGAAGUAAUUCAUAUUCAAGAGUUCUGCAGAGAUAUGUGUCUUCCAAAGUACCUUCUUUGCCCUGUCAUAAUAAGGACAGUACAUCCCCUCCUGAGCAGCUAGAAUUGGAUGGGUGGAAAACUACAAUGAAAUCUAGCAUUCAAGAAAAUGGUGUUUCAGUGGUCUCCGACAAAGAUGAAGACUCUCUGGCUGCAACCAGAGAGCUAAUUGAGAUGUGGAGAUUGCUUGGCAAAGAAGUACCAGAACACAUCACUGAAGAGGAGCUCAAAACCCUUAUGGAAUGUGCUUCUAAGUCAGCCAAAAAGAAAUACUUAAGGUAUUUGUAUGGUAAGGAAAUGAUGAAAAAAGCUAAGCAAAUGAAGAAGGAAAUGAAAGCAGCAGCCAGGGAAGAAGCAAAAAGGGCCAGGUCACUAGAGCCCAGCACGGGAGAGGAACAACGGGACUUCAUGUUUCUCCGACUCUGGGACCGACAGACCAACAUCGCACUGGGAUGGAAGGGUGUCCAGGCCAUGCAGUUUGGACAGCCUUUGGUUUUUGACAUGGCUUAUGAUAAUUACAUGAAACCAAGUGAACUGCAGAAUACAGUUUCUCAACUUUUAGAAAGUGAAGGCUGGAACAGAAGGAAUGUUGAUCCUUUCCACAUUUAUUUCUGCAAUCUUGAGGUAGAUGGUGCUUACCAUAGAGAGCUAGUUAAACGGUAUGGAGAAAAAUGGGACAAGUUGCUCUUAACAGCCACAGAAAAGUCUCCUGUCGAUUUAUUUCCAAAGGACAGUAUUAUAUAUUUAACUGCAGAUUCUCCCAAUGUUAUGACUACCUUCAAGCAUGAUAAAAUUUAUAUAAUUGGAUCAUUUGUUGAUAAAAAUACACAGACAGGAACAUCCUUAGCCAAGGCUAAACGGCAAAAUCUAGCAACAGAAUGCCUUCCACUAGAUAAAUAUUUACAAUGGGAUGUUGGUAACAAAAACCUCACCUUAGAUCAAAUGAUUCGAAUUCUGCUCUGCCUGAAAAACACUGGUAACUGGGAAGAGGCUCUCAAGUUUGUUCCCAGGAGAAAGCACACUGGCUAUUUAGAGGUUCCUGAGCAUUCGCAGGCAGCUUUUAGGAAACUGAAGAAGACAAAGACUUUAAAUUCGUUUCGAAAGGGCUCCUUAAAUGUACACAUGUGGAAAAGGUGACCUAAGUGAGAAAGUAAUAAGCAGGCUGGAAGUACGGUUAAAAGAAUGUAUUUCUUUCGAGACUGACAGUAGAGGUUUGCCUUUUUGUUGUUUGCUUUUUUGAGACAGGAUUUCUCUGUAGCCUGUACUGCAACAAGGCCAGACUAGGUGUAGGUAUCAGCAAAAGUUUGGAAGUUUGUUGUUUUAUUUGUUGUAAAAACUAUCAGAAGUUUAUAGAUUAAUCUAGAAUUGAACACAAUAAAAGUUACUAGCAUUUUUUUAAAUCAGUCUUUGAAUAUCAGACUUUGUUGUCCUGUUUGGUUUGAGGGUUGAUUUGGUUUUUGGUUUUGUUUUGUGGGUUUUCCUUUGCGGGGAGGGAAGGCAUGCCUCUGGUAGCCUAUGCCAGCUUCAACCCUUAUUCUCUACUUCCCCUUCCCAAAUGAUAGGAUCACAGGCAUGUGUCACCAUGGCUGGCUCCGUUACACAUUCUCUUUAUCAAUGUUAGGAUCUUUUUCAUGAGAAAAUUUGAAGUUGUGAUUAUGAAAUUAAAGCCUGUAUACAACACUGGUCAUGUUACAGGCACUAAGUUAAGUUAUAUUGCAUAACACAAUCUUGGUUGUCAAAAAAACUGACUUUCCUUGGCAUGUUAGGCAGUUUUCUAAUACUGUGAAAGUUGAGUUUGGAGGUAAAACCAACCAAUUAUUUAGGACAGAAAUGUAUCUGGACUGGGAUGAUGUCUCAGUGGUCUCUUGCAGAGAACUUAAAUUCUGUUCCCAGCACCACUUUGGGUAGCUUGCAACCACCUGUAAUUCUAGUUCCAGUGGAUGUGACACCCACUGGCCUCUAAGGGUACAUGUACGAAAUGUAAACAACUCAGGUAGGCAUAUACCCACAUGAAUACAAAUCUGAAAAAAAAAAAUACUUGGUUAGUACACAGUACUUAUUGUAUGGAUAGCAUUUCUGGGAAAUACUGUUUCUCCAGCCACGAGGUUUUAAAACAUGUCUUAGAAGUUAUUGAUUGAAUAAAAAUGACGCCCACAGAUAGGUCCUUGGGGAUUGGCACUGUUAAGUAUGGCCUUGUUGGAGUAAGUAUGGCCUUGUUGGAGUACGUAUGGUUUGUUAGAGGAAGUACAUCACUAGGAGGUUGGCUUUGAAGUUUCAGAUCUCAAGCCACACAAUGUGACUGUCUAUUUGUGGAUCCAGAUAUAGAGCUCUCAGCUCCUUCCCCAGCACUAUAUCUGCCUGCAUGCCAACAUGCUUCCUGCCAUGACAAUAACAGACUAACCCUUUGAAACUGUAAGCCAGCCCCAAUAAAAUGUUUUCCUUCAUAA